AUGAACAGUGCUGGCCUCUCGUCGGGGAGCAUGGAGGGGCUCACCGGCUCCGAUUGGCCGGUGCGGACUUGCUGCUAUCCAUGGCUCUUUUUGGCUUCCUCGGCCAGCUCUUCUGCUCUUAUGUUCCUGAUAAAGCAUCCACUCCCACCCGACGUGAGCUCCUGCCUCUGCCUUGCUAUCGCAUACUCGUCCCGAGCACUGGACUCCCUCUACCGCGCCGUUCGGACGCCGGAGAUUACUCGACAGAUUGUCAGCAACCUUCUUAUCGCCACCGCACACUCGCGCUCCCACCCACGUUUCCUUAUCCUCACAUUACACCGCGCCGCCCGCUUCUAUUUUUUCGCACCCAAGCUUUGGGAAUUCUUCUUACGCGAUGAUGUUGAGAGCUUUCAGCGGUUUCUGGCCAGCGCCAGCUAUACCUCUGGCGGCCAGCGCGCUCCAGCCGGAGGAGGGACACAUCUCAAUGCAGGAAGCCCCGGUCCGAUGAUCUCUUCUCUGGGUGCUUCGCCAAAGGGUAAGAAAUCUACCGGGACAUCUCCUGUGACAUCUGUGUUUGAACGCGGUGGUGGCCCGCGGUCGACCAAACCCAUAUCCCGGGAUGAGUUGAACGCUCGGGACCAGCAUGGAAGGACACUCCUGCAUCACGUCGCAUCGUCGCCGAAACCUACGGCCGCCGAUUUUGCUCUCGCUUUGCUAGAAGUGCCAUACCUUGAUAUAUAUGCGCAGGAUUUGGAGAGUGGAUGGACAGCGCUACACCGGGCUUUAUAUGCUGGUAAUGCUACAAUCGCGCAGGCCUUAAUGGCCCGGGACGUUCGGGACGCGACAGAUCCAAGUAAACCGGGAUUUUCAGGCCAUCCGAGUGGAGGUCUGAUUAAAAUUAAGGACCGGGAGGGGUACAGUCCGUUCGAUGUCUAUGCGUCCACGAUUACUUCUCGCAGUCUGGGACCCUUGGUCCCAGAUCAUGGACUUGAUGAUGCUUCCUCGGUCAGUUCCUCGGAUGAUGAAGAUGUCGCUGAGGCGUUGGAAAAACCAAGUACGAAUCUGUUUGGCGACGAGGUAUUCACGUUUGGAAGUAACAAGAAUCUGAACCUCGGUGUUGGAGAUCAGGACGACCGCCAGUAUCCCGAGAGAAUAACACUCACACGCCCAACACAUCUUUUACACCGUUUCUUCCGGGAGCAUCAAGAACGACACGACGAUGUCAAAACGGCGUCAUCGCCUGACCCUUCGGAUCAAGACCUGCCAGCAUUUAUCAAAGCCAGGCCGCUCAAGAUUCAAACAUUAGCAAUGUCCAAGCUUCAUACAGCUAUACUCACGGAUGACCCCGAAUCCAACCUUUUCAUUUGUGGCUUUGGCCCUGGUGGCCGCCUGGGCACUGGAGACGAAAGUACGCGAUUUAGUUUCGUUUGCAUUGAGGGUGGCGGCCUCGCCAAUAAGAAGGUCGCGUCCGUCGCGCUUGGUCAGGAUCAUACCCUUGCGAUUACCGAGCAUGGAGAUAUUUUUAGUUGGGGGAGCAACAAGUUUGGUCAGUUGGGAUAUGGCCUUCCAAGGGCGAACAACAAAGAUGACGUGCCGGUUCAGCUAUCUCCACGGCAAAUAUUCAACCCCUUCAAGAAGGAGGUUAUUCUCGGGGCAGCGGCGUCAGCUGUUCACUCAGUUGUUUAUAGUACUUCUGGCCUGUACACCUUUGGCAAGAACGAAGGCCAACUGGGUCUUGUGGACUCAGACGCCCGGUCACUUGAGGUUCAGACGACACCACGGCGCGUGGGGGCCUCAUUGUUCAGUACUCCGAUACAAAGUGUAUCUGCUACCGACCAGGCUACCGCAAUUCUGCUCCAGAACCAUGAAGUUUGGGUGUUUGCGCAUUAUGGCUAUUCCAGACUCUCUUUUCCAUUGGAGAUAAACUCCAGGUUCAUAAGAGAUAGCUUCAUGGCCACCCGCUAUGAUACUUCUAUCAAUCGCAUUGUCAAGAUUCGAUCUGGCGGAAACACUAUUUGUGCCUUAUCGAGUUCAGGGGAUGUUUUCACUGUCCAGGUCAACAAAUUGGAGAAUCUGCCAAGUUUAACCUCAACCACCAAUCCCGCAAAAAUUCGUAACUCCUUAUCUCCACCUGUGCGCGUAUGGUCCGUGAAGAAGGCGCAUAUGGCAGUCAAAGACGUCGACGUCGGCCAGGAUGGAUCAAUCAUCAUCUGCACAGCUUCCGGCUCAGCAUGGAGGAAAGAAAGGCGACGAAAAUCAAAGAAUGGUUCUUCGGGAGAGUACAAAUUCGCUCGUGUUCCCUGCCUUUCCCGGGUUGUUGGUGUCUGCAGCAAUGCUUUUGGGGCCUUUGCGGUCGUUCAACGCGAGUGCGAUGUUACCAAAGAGCAAAUCAAUGUCAAUCCUACGAGCCUCUGGGGAGAUAUUUGGCCCCUGUCUCCCUUCAGCGCAAUCCGCGCCACUACAAAACAGAAGGACUACUUUGCCGACGAAGAAGUGCGUGAUUUAGAGUCAGUUACAGCACUUCGGCAAGUCCUAAUGAAUGGCCCUAACCCCGAACUAUAUUUUCGACCCACGUUUGCCGGACUACCUGCUGGAACAGUUUGGGUUAUGACAACCGCUUCAGAUAUGCGGGUGCCUGUUCAUGAAUUUAUUCUGACAGGCCGCAGUUCAGUCCUUCGAAGAGCACUACACGACUAUCGGCAUCAACAUAGCGCUUCUGUGCCUGAAAUCCUGACUAUAGAAAAAGAUUAUAAUGGAGAUUGUCAAAUACUUCUCCAAGGCAUGGACGUUCUGUCUGUACUCAAUCUUACUUUCUAUCUCUACACGGACGCUCUUCUUGAUGUCUGGCAGCAUGCUCGGUCUUCUCCAGAAAAUGCUUCCCGCUACCGUCAGGUCCGAACAGAAGUGAUGCGGAUUGCCUCGCAUCUGGACCUUCCAGCUCUGGAGCGGGCUGCCGCACUUAUGGUCCGACCUGCCAAAAGCAUGAAGACUGAUUUCUCAACCGCCUUCAAUGAUCCUUCUUUUUUUGAGAGCUGUGAUGUUGUGAUUGAACUAAAUGGCGAUUGCAUGGUUGCUCAUAGUCAAGUCAUCCGUCAAAGAUGCCCCUUCUUCUACGCUCUAUUCGUCGGUCGCUCUGGUGGUAUUUGGGUACAGUCUCGACGUAAAUCGCCUCAAGACAAAGUCCACGUCGACCUCAAGCAUAUUGACAGAUCUAUCUUCGAGUUUGUUCUUCGGUAUAUGUAUGCGGAUACAGAUGAUCGGCUCUUUGAUGACGUUCGGACAAAAAAUACUCAGGAUUUUGUUGAUAUCAUUACCGAUGUUGCCUUCGUGGCCGACGAGUUGAUGAUUGACAGGCUAUCGCAGAUCUGCCAGAGGGCACUGGGAAAGUUUGAUAAUGUCUGUCAUGACAAUCAAAUGGCAGCCUUUCCAAUUUCUAGGGGCCGCAACGCAAUGGAAUAUAUUUACGAAAAGUACCCAGAACUCGUCUCAUUUAUCGAGGCCGACAAGCGCCGAUUGAUUGAUUCGAUACGGCUUAAGUCUCGUGUCAGCAAGAUUGACUCCCCGGAAGGAAAACCUCGAGCGCCAAGCGAGAAAUUAGCACCCUCACCGGCAGCAUCAAGGUUCAAAACUGGGGUAGACAAAGAUCGUCCUGUUUAUGAUAGUCCUCUGCUUAAAUCAAAGCACUCAACCGGUGAUUUGAUGUUUCAGAUGGAUGAUGAGCCUCUAUCAUCUCUCGACCUGGGAAAAGGAAAGGCAAUAGAUCGAGGUGUCAAACCAGCCAACGAGAACGAUACUCGGCCUUGGAACGAAACACCGGUACUGGGCGCUAGUUUACAGGAUGGAGCAUCUUCUGUCGGUCGAAGUUACCUAGAUACCCGUAUGGCCUCACCGCAGGGCACGAGUCCCGCCAGGCUUCAACCGACAACCCCCCAGGAAAAACAAAAUGGAUCCGCAUCACCUCCGUAUCCCUCACAGGUUCCCUGGAACUCAACAACUAUUUCAGGAUCUAAGAAAACGCUGAAGGAUAUAAUGAGCGAAGCGUCAGAAGCUCGAGUUUCGAAUCUCAGUUUGGGAAUGUCAUCCGUGCGCCGAGAAAACAGCGGCUCAUUCGCACCCAAACUGUCUCAGAAAGAACGCAAGAAGAUGCAGCAGCAACAGAUCCAGGAGAUGGCCAUCGCUCAACAAAGAGCAAAGGAGGCCGCGCAAAGUCCCUGGAAGAUCCCCAGCCCAGGCCCGGCUGUACCUGUUGGCCCCUCAACAGACAAAAUCACUAACGGACAAGAUAUCCCGUCGCCUACGCCAUCUAAAUCCGCCCAAAGGCCCGGCAUGACCCUCCGCCAGACAGUUGCAGGCGCACCCUCGCCUAAGCGCGAAAGUGCCGCGAAACCAACACCAAGCAGCUCCAGAAGUCACGUUGUCUCGGCUACCACUACCAGACCUCCUCUAGCUCCGCGCCCAGCAGACGCAGUCGCACCCUCUACACCCCCAACCGACCAAGUUACAAUCAAAUCAGUCAGGCACAUUCCCCGCCCUGAGCCCUACCAAACAUCCUUUUAUGCCGACACCCCAGGCUCCAUGUCGCUCGCCACAAUCCUGAUGCAGCAGCAGACGGAGAAGGACGAGAUUCGGGAAGCUGCGACGGCUAGGCACAAUCUCCAGGAUAUCCAAGCCGAACAGGCCUUCCAGGAAUGGUGGGACAAGGAGAGUAGACGCAUUCAGGGGAUUCCGGAGCCCGGGGCUGAAGACGAAGAUACGCAGAAGAAGGCUGAACGAGACGGCCGUGGGGGACGAAGAGGUCGUGGGAGUAAAGGUCCCGGUGGUCAAAGUCAGCGGACGAGGCGGGGGAAGGGACCUCAGGCGCAGACUCAGGGCCAGUCUCAGGGUGCAUCGUCACCGGCGCAGCAGAGCCAGGCGUCGCGGAACGGUUCUGAAGCUGGUGCUCCUGAUCGAGGACAACAUCAACAGUUGUCGACACCAACGCCCAAAAAACCUCAUACUCAAACUCACUCCGCGCACUCUGGAAAUCCUUCGCGCCGCGGUAGGGGUGGAUACCGCGCAAAGUAG